AAUAAACUUACAAACUCUGUCAACCUCCCCUCACCCUUGAGCCUGUGCCUGUGCCUGUGUAUGGGAUUGGGAUCCAGUUCAGCCAUAUCACGAUCGACAUGUAUAAAAUGUUUGAUACACUAGUUGCUCGCGUUACCCCAGAUCCCGACAAACUCGUUUGUUGGUCUGACUUGUCGUUUCCUUAUUGAUUACCGCUUUCAACCUAACUUCGCUUCAUGGUAGCAUAUGCAAACAUUGUGGCUUUCCGAAGCUUGGAUAUUGUCAGAAUUGAGUUUGAGCUGACUUCAUCCGCCAACCUCAAACAACUGUUGGUGCACAGGAUCAAGCCAUCCGGAGUACACCGGGAAUACGGAGUACCCCAGCUUAUUAUGUGUGACACUGCAGUCCGUGGCUACAUAUCCGUACAUCUGACUGAUCAUCGCUCAGUUGUUGGUCCUGGCUCUAAUGUCUUUGAGCCUCCGUGCCGCUCAUUCAAGCAGGUCUCAGAAUGCAUCCUGUAUGUCACUGGCAGGUUGGCCUGGAGCUAUAUGUUCUCCUCAUGCCCCAAUGGACUUCCCUCAAAGCGUUUGCAAAUCUUUCUCUUUUCAAGCAUCAAGGAUCACAUCGAUUCAAAGGAUGGCAGAGGUGGUACAAGUAUCACAUGAGCAAUUAGAAAUGCAGCAAGAUCAGGAAACACAAGGCGAGACACAAGAAUCUACCGGCAAUCGAGAUUUUAGUAGUAGUAAAAAAAAAGGUCAUAAUCAUUAUCGUCGUCAAUAGCGCAUUGCCAUCAAAUUGCACCAUAUUCC